GAAACAACAAUCCUUCCGUGACUACUCUUGACGUUCAUUAGCGUUAUAGCAAUAUUCCUGGUCUUUCCUGCGAGGUUUGUCAUUUGUGCUAAUCGCCCAAAUCAGCAACAACCGACCCAGCGAAGACAUUCCGCUGAGGACACAACUGAUAAGAUGGUGUUCUUCACUGGAACCCUGCAGGAAGGCAUAUCGACCGCCCUGCAGCAGUCGAAGCUCGUUGUCUGCUUUGUGACCGAUGGUCAGGAGGAAAGCAAGACAUGGGAGAAUGAGUUCCUGACGGACAGCACUAUUGCGCCCUCACUGGAGAAGGAUGCUGUCGUGCUCAGGCUGGAGGCCGGAUCUCAGGAGGCAGGAUACCUGGCCGCCAUCUUUCCACUGCCGAAAAUCCCUACGCUGGUGAUCAUAAAGAACGGGGAGCUGAAGGAGUACGUGUCUGCCGGCACGGAAAAGGCCGAAUUUUUGAGGAGGGUUGGAAAUGCUCUGGCAGCACGAACGGAAAGCCAAGCACCGAUGGCUUCCAGUGCCUCUCCUGGUACACAGACGGAGACCCCUGCCCCUGCGGCUGCAGUCCCUUCCUCAGACAACUCGACAGCCACCGUCGUCCCAGCUCAGACGACACAGCCCGGUGGCCAAGCAGUACCAGCACCAGCCUCCAGCUCAUCCGAGGCCCUUGCUCCACAGCUCAGCGCAGCGGAAAGGACACGUGAAGGUGCACGCAGAGAGCGGAGUGAGAUCGAAAAGGAGCGACGCCGCGAGGAUAAGGGCAAGAAGCCCGCCGAGGAGUCCCAGGACCAGAAUUCUGACCCCAAGACAAAGCAGAACGACGCAGUGAAGAAGGCCUCACAGAAGCUUGCAGAGCGUAAAGCCAAGGCGCGUGAGGAGAGGGCGCGCGUGCUGAAGCUGAUUGCGGACGACAAAGCCGAGCGGAAGGCGCGGGAGGAGGAGCGGAGGUUGGAGAGGGAGGCAGAGCGGCGGGCUGCGGCGGGCGAGGAGGUGAGCACACCCGUCCCAGAGGCUACUUCUGCGUCAACCCCGGUCCCUUCCUCGUCAGUUGCAAGGAGGCACGACCAGUGCGCUCUUCAGAUCCGACUCUUCGAUGGGUCGACUAUCAGGACACGUUUUCCGUCCGGGGCCACGCUAUCCCGGGACGUGCGGAAGUGGAUCGACGAGAGCCGCACCGACGGGCAGGAUCCGUACACAUUCAAGGUGAUUCUCACGCCGCUGCCGAACCGCGCGAUCGACCACGCCACAGAGGAAGAGCAAAGCCUCGAGAAGCUGGGGCUGACGCCGAGCGCAACGCUGGUUCUGACGCCCGUUGACCGGUAUUCGGAAGCUUACACGAGCCUGAACGCCGGGCUCACAAACCCCGCGUCGAGGCUCAUUACGGCCGUAUUAGCCUUCGUGAUGAAUAUCUUGAGCGGAAUUGCGGAUCAGGACGAGGGCCAAGCAUCGACAUCAGGAAGAGAGGGUAGCGGGCGGAUCAAGGGGUUCCAGAACCCUGAUGACAGGCGAGGGGACCAUCAACUCUACAACGGAAAUUCGCUGAAUUUUGAGCCCCGGAACGACGAGGAUGACAAGGAUAAGUAGAAGCCGCCAUAGACUAGACUUCACUCCUAUGAAUGUAGAAUUUGCAUGCC